AUGAAACAACAAUCACUUGGCAUUGCUCUAGUUUAUCUCUUAUUAGAAGCAAGCGCUCAAUGCACGAACAAACCAACACAAGGUUUGCAGCCACUCGUUUUGUAUUCCGCUGGAGAUCCGGGAUAUGAAAAUUAUACACACGCUCUGUCCCCUCAUCCUGACUUCGAAACGUAUGCCACUUCGAUCGGGUUACAAGUUCGAUACGCUUACCAAUUGGAAGCUACAGCUCUAACUACUGAUAGUAGCGCUGAGUGUUCCUGUACAAAAAGUGUCAUAACUUUAGUUAAGACAUCGUUGUUAGAUGGCAAAACUUCUGUAAGUCAAGCAGCAAAUGAGCAUGUGCCUUACUGGAUUUCGGACGGUUAUGAAGCAUUACCUUACAAUAUCUUCUACUGCGUUAGUAACUCAGGAGAUUGUGGAGCUACCACACCUCUGUACUUGUACAAAAGCAACGAUACAAAUGACUACUAUGUGUCUACUGCAGACAAAGGACCAGAGCUGAAUGAGUCUGCUUAUUCAUACUCAUAUCCUCCUCUCAGGCCUGACCUUUACUUAGUUCCUCUUUGUUAUGUCUGGCUUGACACCACGUUAACUACUACGACGGUAUUAACAACCACAACAUCCUCAUCAUCGACAACAUCCUCGUCAUCGACAACAUCUUCUUCCCUGUCUACAACUCCCGUUUCCACUUCUUCUAUUGCAUCGACUAUUGCGGUUACGGGUAGUACGAGCUCUACAUUGAGCAGUGUUGGAACCACUGUUAGUACCGGAGCUUCUACUACUUCAGGUUCUUCCACGCUAACCGGAAGCUCUACGACUGCUGGAGGCUCUACGGCAACAUCUACAAGCAAACCUACAACUACUAAUGUAUAUGGCAGUGGAGAGCCCCCGUCUGAACCUGACGAACCUAAAGAGAAACAGACGAAGAAACGACAGUGGUGGAAGUGGCUAGUCGGAAUAGCAGGAGGUCUUAUUCUCGUUGGACUAUUCAUUUUUGUCCUUUCUUGCUGCACUGUUCUUUUCAUUAGUCCCGCAAAACAUAAGGAUAGUGUAGUAAAGUAUGCUCCUGAUUCGAGCGGGUCUGCCAGCGUACUUCCACCCCAGCCAGUGCAAGCCUCCUCAGCAGGUCAACACCUUUCAGCUCAUGUACUGCCUCCUUUGCCCCCUGGAUAUAUUCCUGCAUAA